GCUCAGGGAGCGGGCAGUGCGGCGAUCGGCGGUGUGCUGUGUCCCUUGGACACAGCGGAUCACCGAUCACGGAAAGAGCUGAAGAUGUCGGCUCGGUCAUGUGAUCCAAUCACAGCUGAUCACAUGGGACAUGUACACUAAUCAUCAGAGCACUGAUGAUCAGUGUGCCCUGAUGAUCAGUGUAGCCCCAGCAGUGCCACCUGUCAGUGUCCAUCAGUGCCUUGUGUCAGUGCUCAUCAGUGCCUUGUGCCAGUACCCAUCAGUACCACAUCAAUGCCACAUAUCAGUGCCCAUCUGAGCUGCCUUUCAGUGCCACCCAUCAGUGCCAGUCAGUGCCACCUAUCAAUG